AUGAACGGAAGAGAUCAGAAUGCUAUAGAUAAAUGGAAGCUACAUUCUGAUUGGUUACUUUGGGCAAUACUUUCACUUGUCUUUUUCUUAUAGAUAUCUUUGCAAUGUAGCUGUAAUUGGAAAGUGCAGGUAAAUAAAAAGAAAGAUGCAAAAGGCAAUAUUACAUGGGAGGACUUCCAUUUCAAACAUCGUCAAAAACGUGAAUGGAUUGCACCUCCUCUGAAUCUAAGGGAAGAAGAAGACAACAGACACAGAAAUCCACUGGCCAAGGUCCAUUCCGACAUCGAGGUGAAGAAAAGUACCAUAAUAUACAAAGUGACAGGGCAAGGUGUGGAUCGGCCACCCUACAAUCUCUUUGUGAUGGAUCAUAAAACAGGAUACCUGAAUGUGACCAAUGUUAUUAUAGAUCGUGAAGAAUUACCAAUGUUAUUUAUUACAGUCCAUGCUGUGACCGUUACUGGUGUAGAAGUAGAAAAGCCCCUAGAGAUGCGCGUCAGAAUUUUGGACAUCAAUGACAACGCACCAGUAUUUUCACAGAGUGUUUUUGUUGGUGCCAUAGAAGAGAGGAGCAGAGCAAACUCCUUGGUGAUGCAGAUUCUUGCUACUGAUGCGGAUGAGGAAAACACUGUGAAUUCUCAAAUUGCUUACAGAAUACUGUCCCAGAGUCCUUCGGAUCCUCAAAUGUUCAUUAUGAAUCAAUACACCGGCCAAGUCUUCACAAUGUCCAGUGAUCUUGACAGAGAGUCGUUUAGUGGUUACAGCCUGUCAGUUGGCGGAUCAGACUUGAACGGAGCUGCCGGGGGGCUGUCUGGACAAUGUGGAGCUGAUAUCAAUAUUCUAGAUGUGAAUGACAACUUUCCAAUGCUGGAGUUUGAUUCCUACUCAGUUGAAAUCAUGGAAAAUAUGCUUGGCUUGACCAACCUAAGGAUGAAAGUAUUUGAUGCUGAUGAGAUGUUCUCUGAUAACUGGAUUGCAGUGUUUGAGAUAGUAUCAGGCAAUGACGGUGGAUGGUUUAUGAUCGAUACAGAUGCUCAGACUAAUGAAGGUGUCUUAAGAAUUGUUAAGGCAUUGGAUUAUGAAUCUAUGAAGAUGGCAAAUCUCGCUUUUCUAGUUAGUAACAGGGCUGCCUUCCAUCAAUCUGUAAUAUCUGAAUAUCGAGCAAAAGCAACUAGCAUAACUGUUCAGGUGCAAAAUGUGAAGGAGACUCCUGUGUUUGUUCCCAGCUCAUAUAAUGUACAGAUCCCAUCAGGAUUAUCCAUGGAACAGUUACUAAAACUUGUACUGACAAAGGUUACCGUUUACGAUAUGGAGACUGGAGGCCCAGCCACUAAUAUUGUGUACCAGAUGUCACAGAAUAUGAGCAAAUGGCUGAUAAUUGAUUCUAAUACUGGCGAGAUCAGAAUGACCUAUGAAAUGGCAAAAAACUAUCCAAAUCUAGACAAGAAUAUGACAGCUACAAUUUUCGCUCUCCUUAAUGGGGACCCCAAUCGACCCAUAGCAAAUGCCUCAUUUGGUCUACAGCCAAACAUUGGGGGCACCGCAGUUACAGGAACCCCAAGUCAAGGCUGCCCUGUGAUUACUCAAGAGCCCCGAGUAGCAUGUCUGAAUGUGAAGAAAGUUAUUAUCGCUGCCUCUCCAGCAGUGAAUGCACCUUUAAGAAUAACUCUUGCCCCAAAUUCUGAAUGGACUGUGAGUCCACUUAAUGAUACGGCUGUGACUUUAGAGGGUGGGUCUUCAGUAAUUGCUAAUAAUUAUACUGUCCUGGUAUAUGUUACGGACAAAAACAAUCAGUCCUGCCCAAAUCCAUUCCGUGUUGUUAUACAAGUUUGUGAGUGUACUCAGUCUGGAUAUUGUGAUGCUUCAAAGCAGGCAGGCAAGAGUGUGUCCCUUGGUCCAGCAGCAAUUGGUCUCAUGGUUUUGGGAUUUCUAGCUCUUUUAUUGGCUCUGCUCUUAUUGCCCCUCUGUGUAUGUGGUGCUGGGGCUGCAGGAGCUAAGUUUGUUCCAGUUGCAGCUGGCUAUGAUGGAGCAUGUCAUCAAUGGGGAACAGAAGGUGCAAAGCCUGAAGAUGUGGAUAUGACAAGUAUGCUAAUAAACUCAAGUGGCCCAGCUUAUUCUGAGGUUCACACAAGUAAUACCAUGGGUGCGCUGGGUGCAGGUAUCGGAAGCGGAGUGGGAGCAGUAGCUACAGGUGGCAUGAUAAAUGCUUCUGGUAACGGUUUUGAAACAAAUACUCUCCAAGGACAUGGGGGCCAAUUUUUCGAAUCUGGCAUUAGAGGAGAGAGUAAUAUGGCUGGUUCUCUACCACCACCAUACAAAGAAACCGGCACUGUGAGCAUGGCCUACGUGGAGAACUACUUUGCUGAGAAAGCAGAAUCUUAUGCCAAUGAAGAUGAGAGUCGCCCAUCAAAUGAUUGUCUUCUUAUAUACGAUAAUGAAGGCAUUGGAAGCCCAGCUGGUUCUGUAGGGUGCUGCAGUUUUAUUGCCGAUGACUUGGAUGAUGCCUUCUUGGAUACAUUGGGACCAAAAUUUAAAACACUGGCAGAAAUCUGCAUAGGUUCAGAGAUCGAUCCUAUUUCAAGUGGUGAUGAGCCAAGAUUAUUUGCUAAUGUUCCAAUAGUAGAAACUGAUACAAAUUAUAUGUUUGAUGAUUCUAGCUUGACUGUUUAUGGAAACCAAUCUAUACCUAUUAGCAGCAAUUUAGUUGUAUCUGCCAACCUUCAACCAGCUAGGCCUGUAUCAGAAGCUUUCAUUCCAGGCAAUGUAGUUGUAACUGAGACUUACACAACUUCUGGGGGUACUAUGAGACCGGUAGUACGUAGUGUAGAGCCCAGCAUGCCAACUAAUAUCCUGGUAACAGAACGGAUGGUUGAAUCAGCCUCUGCACCACAUGCAGUAUUUUCCAACAUACCUGAUGGAUCCAAUGUCAUUGUGACAGAGAGGGUGGUCCGCCCAGCAUCUGGCAUUCAAAACAUUAUAGAAUUGCCAAAUAUGUCAAAUUUUUCAGAUGGGUCUAAUGUUGUACUAAGAGAAAGAGUCGUUGCACCCAGAGAUUCAAGGCUGUCUAAUACAUUCAACAUUGCAGAUUUAGGUGAUGCACAGAAUGUUAUGGUCACUGAAAGGUUGAUACAGCCAGUGUCCAAUGUUCAAGGAAAUUUAACCAUUCGUCCUGAGAUGGGUAGUUCUCAAAAUAUAUAUGUAACAGAAAAAACUGUACGGUCUGGUCCAGCCGUAAAAACGCAUAUGUUGAGUGCAGAACCUUUGCUAACACAAUCGGUAGGCUCCACUUCUCCAAGUCUAACCCGCAGCACUGUCACAAAGUACAGCACAGUCCAAUAUACUAAACAAUAA